AUGCACAAGCAGUACACCGCGUACCGUGUUGCUCUGGAGGCUACCGGUAACGCCACCGAGAAGCCGCUGAAGGAGCCCGGGUGCUACGAGGCUAUGCGUGACGUUGACGCAACAAGCACUGAACUGCUGGAGGACGAGACUGCACUGGAGCUCAGCCAGAGCUCUACUGCUGAGCCGCUGCUACAGCAUGAAGAGGACAUUGAUAAGAAGAAGAAGAAGUACUAUGCAGAAGGAAUGCGAGCAAUUGGUGCGGGACUGAACAACAUUGCUGAGGCGUUCAAAGUCGCUAGAGUCGCUGAUACCAGCAAUGCCGACAUGGUGAGAUCGAUGAAGGAGCUCAUGUAA